UUUUAUUCUGUGACAUAACCUCUAACCCGUGACAGACGUCAGUUUGACAGUUGCGUAACCCCAAAUUAUAUUUAAGUUUUUACGUGAUUUAAGUGUAUGAAAUAUUGAAAAUUAAGACGGAAAAUGUUUAAAUUACAUGAACGCAAUCAGAUGUAAAAAAUUACCUUUUUUGAGUUACUCAAUUAUUCUAAUUUUAAAGGAAGAAAAAGUUGUUUUUAGGGAAAGUGGCUGAUAAUCGACAAAAAUGGUGUGUGAGGACGUCUUAAAAAUAAAGAAUUUGCCUAAGGAACUCAGCGAUGCCGAAAAGGAGGAUUUUUUGAAACAUUUUGGAGCGUCAAAAGUUAAGGUUAUAACAUCAAAAUCGUGCCAAAAAUCGGUGGUAUUUGCUCGAUUUGACUCGAAAGAAGUCGCCAGAGAAGUCCUAUUUCGUCUCCAUCAAGCUUACAUACUGAAAAACCGUUUAUGUGUGGAAUAUGCAGUCCACGAUAUUGGGUUACCAAAAAUCAAAAAAGUUGAACAAACCACCACCACCAACAAGGAGCACUUCAAAUCAUUUGUCACAAAACUGAAUUCUUUUAACAGUGCUGUGGGAUUCCAACAACCACCGCCCCCUCAUCUYAAAUAUGUGUACCCCAAAGCGAAUCGACUCACAAUCAACAACAUCGGUCACGCUUUGGCCACUGUACCAAAAUUUUACACACAAGUGUUACAUUUGAUGAAUAGGAUGAACCUUCCGCCACCGUUCGCCUUACCUGACCCUGUGAGACAGAGGCCCCCUCAGCCCCCUCAGCCAAAACCUGCAGAUCCGACUCCAUCUACGCCCCAAGAAAGUUCCUCAGAGUCGGAGCUUGAAAGCGACGAGGAGUCGAAGACAAACAAGGAGAUAAUUCCACAGAAGCGAGUUUUGAGGCAGAAAAAGGCGGUGAAGAGGCCCAAAUUUAUCAAACCUGCAACAGCAGUGCCUUCAAGUAGUACCAAACACGAGCCUGAAGAUGUUUUCGAGAAGUCUGAUGUUCAAACUCCRCGCAAAAUCGAGUUGAAAGUGUCCGCGACRGCUUUAGAAGGSAAAGAGGAUGAGGUGGAACAAGUGGGGACCAUUCCGUCUUGUUCRACCGAAACGGAAGACACCWCCAAUGAUAAAACCGAGAAAACUGUCAUUACAGCUGAAGARUUGGCCACCAACCAAAUCCCMGAAAAAGACCUUGAUGUUCUUCCAGUUUUCAAGAAUUAUCAUCCAGGAGCACCAACUUGUAGAUUGUAUAUCAAAAAUAUCGCCAAAAAUGUUGAAUUAAAAGACUUGGAGUACAUUUAUAAUAGAUAUAAGGUAGAGAGUGAUGGUGAAAAUCCAUCCACUUUUGAUAUAAGACUUAUGCAAGAGGGCAGAAUGAAGGGACAAGCUUUCGUUACUUUAAGUUCAGUUGAAAUCGCACAAAAAGCAUUAAAAGAAACAAACGCUUACAUUUUGAAAGAUAAGCCUUUGGUUGUGGUGUUUGCGAGAUCAGCUCCAACAAAAAAAGCCAACUAAAUGUGAAAUAAAAUUUUUUAUUUAGAAUUGUU